CCAAGCUGGUCUCUCAAACUCCUGACCUCAAAUGAUCUACCUGCCUCAGCCUCCCAAAGUGCUGGGAUUACAAGUGUGAGCCACCACACCUGGCCAGGAUAGAAUUUUAAUUUAGUAUCUUUGCAUAUGAGGCCUGUCAACACAGAUCUCUUCUCAUCUUCAGCCUCAUCUCUCACCAUCUCCUCUCCUAUCCUCUAAUCCACGCAUAGUUAGUUGCUGUAAACCUGAGCCAACCUCACCCACUUUCUCUCUCUGGAUUACUUUCUCCAGCCUGCUCUGCCUGGGUACCUCUUUCAGAUCCAUUAGAGUCAUCACUUCCUCCAGAAAGCCUCCCCUAGACCCUUCGUUCUAUAUUCCUUUAGCACUCUGUGUAUUCAUUCAUCCAUUUUUUUAUGGCGCAAUGUUCAUACAACCGUGAACAAACCAGCCAAGGUCCCUGCAGCCCAGGCUAGUUUAAUUUGUGUAGUUGUACAUAGUGGUGUAUCAGCACUGUCCAAGAGAAAGAAAACGUGAUUUAAAAUUUUUAUUAGUCAUGUUUAAAAAAUAAAAAUAAGUAUAAUUUUAAUUGUACACAUUUAUCCAAAAUAUUUGAACAUGUAAUCUACAUACAUGUUACAGAGAUGUUUUAUUUUACAUGUACAGCACAACUCAAGUUGCACUAGCCAUAUUUCAAGUGCUCAGUUGCCACCUGUAGUGGCUACUGUAUUGGACACACAGUAAUAAUCUAGAGCAAUGGUUUCAAAUGGUAUUUUAGCAGUGGCCACAUUCCUCAGAUAAAAUCUGAGGCUGAACCGUAUUAGGUAAACUGAUCCAGGCAGAGCUGUUUGGGUGGAAGCAGAGGAACCACCUCAGAGCCCCAUCUGAUGCCCCUCUCCACUACUCCCAGGAAGCCCCUAAGGCAGCUCCAUAAAAAUUUUACCAUAUAGUGGUUCCCAGUCUGUGCCCAUUCGCAAUUGACUCCUGCCCGUGAAAGAAUUAGCCUUCCAAACAGCAGUAACUACUCAUUAAGCCAUGUUAUCUCUUUUUCAUUCCAGAAACACAUGUGGUUAAUGCUCAAAACAUCUAACCAGAAUUAGAUAACAGAUGAGAGAAAAUACACUGAAUUGGGGUGGAAUGGGAGUGGUAGAAAGCUGAUACUGUCAUUGGCCACGUGGUGGUCAAUAUUGGCUAUUUGAUUUUUUUUGAAAAGUUGAACUUAUCUCUGUUACCAUGAUUAUUGGAUGUGUGAGACCUUUAUUUCAAAUAGAGUUGCCUGAUAAAAUACUUUAUUUUCAUUUGUGGAAUCUGACAACCCUAAUUCCAACCACUAGUGUUGUGCAGUGAGCAGCUCAGUGCAGUAGGGGGUACUUGGUUUCUAAUUAAGAUUAGGCAGCCAUCAUUAGGUGAGCUAAUGUCUUUUACUGGCAACCAGACAAAACAGGACAACACCAGCCUUUGAAGUUAUUUGUGGGGAUUAGAGAAAUGAUUCAUGAUAUUGUAAGCACAGUUGGAAAAACAAUAUAUUUUUUUCAACUUUCAUUUUAGAUUGGGGUUAUAUGUGCAGGUUUGUUUCAAAGGUAGAUUGUAUGAUGCUGAAGCUUGGAGUAUAAAUGAAUCUGUCACCCAAGUAGUGAGCAUAGUACCCAAUAUGUAGUUUCUCAACUCUUGCCCCACUCCUUCUCUCCCUGCUCUUGUAUUUCCCAGUGUCUAUUGGUCCCAUCUAUUUUAUUAAUUUUAUUUUUGAGACAGAGUCUCACACUGUUUCCCAGACUAAAGUGCAGUGAUGCAAUCUCAGCUCACUCCAGUUUCCACAUCCUGGGUUUAAGUAAUAUUUAUGCCUCAGCCUCUCAAGUAACUGGGACUACAGGCAUACACCACCAUCCCUGGUGUAUUUUUGUUUUGUUUUUGAGACAGAGUCUUGCUAUGUUGGCCAGGCUGGAGUGCAGUGGUGCAGUCUCAGCUCACUACAACCUCUGCCUCCCAGGUUCAAGCAAUUCUCCUGCUUCAGCCUCCUAUCUGGGACUAGAGGCACACACCACCAAGCCCGGCUAAUUUUUCUAUUUUUAGUAGAGACUGGGUUUCACCAUGCGUGCCAGGCUGGUCUCAAAUUCCUGGUCUCAGGUGAUCAGCCCACAUUGGCCUCCCAAAGUGCUGGGAUUACAGGCAUGAGCCACCACAUCUGGCCGAAGUCUUACAUUUAAAUCUUUAAUCCAUCUUGAGUUAUCACCUAUAUGGUGAUUGUAAAGGGUCUAGUUUUAUUCUUCUGCAUAUGGCUAGCCAGCUAUCCCUGCAUCAUUUAUUGAACAGAGAUUCAUUUUCCCAUUGUUUAUUUUUGCCAACUUUGUCAAAAAUCAGAUGGUUGUAGGUGUGUGGCAUUAUUUCUGGGUUCUCUAUUCUUUUUCAUUGGUCUAUGUAUCUGUUUUUGUAUCAGUGCCAUGCUAUUUUGGUUACUGUGGCUUUAUACUAUAGAAAUACUAUACAUGUCUUUAUUUGGGUUUGAGAUUUCCUGGGUGAAUCAAGGAUGAUGGUUUGGGCAUUACCAGUCUCAAAAGUUCAUCCUCACAGUAUCCAUGAGAUUGUAUUCAAGGGAUGAGAAUUACAGGAAAAUUGCUUGAACCUGGGAGAAAGAGGUUGCAGUGAGCUGAGAUCUAUCACUGUACUCCAGCCUGAGCAACAAAGCAAGAGUCUGUCUCAAAACUAAAAAAUUUUCUGUCUCAAAAAUAAAAAUUAAUGAAGUUUAACGUAUCUGUAGGGUGUUAAACUUUAAAAUAAUAGAAAACAUUCUAGAACAGGAGUUAGUGGAUGAAUCUUGCAGCCCUCUGGAGUGUUCGUACCUCUUCCUUCCGUAUUUGACAUCAACCCAUGGACUUGCCCAGUUGAAGUUCUCUUUGAUACUCAUUUUUCCUGCUAUCAUUCUUUUUUUAAUUUAAGUUUUUUAUUUAAAGUUAUUUUUUCUUAUAAUUCUUUGCAGUGAGCAAUCCUUUCUUUACUAUAGCACAUAUGUCCCUUGCUGGCUAGGAAAAUGUUGUGCUAAUCAUCUGGUUUUGCAGCAUAUAGAUACAAAAUCUGGAGACAGGUUUUUCUCAGGAGAAUAAACUAGGUAAAAGAAAAGAUGAGUUCCUUCCUUCUUAAGUCAUUAGCUCUCAUAGUAAGAAAUGAGGAUGCAUGAAAGAAUCAGGAAAAAAUUUGCAACCUAAAGAAGAAAUUACCAAUUAUGUAUUUUAUUCACUUUGGACUGCCCAACAAUUUUAAGAUAUUGAAAAGAAAAAUAUGUAAAAGCAUGGAAGGAGGGGUAGACUGGGAAAAUGUAGCACACUCAGGCCUAAUAUGUACCUUUCUCUGUAACUGAUACCUCCAUAAUUAGCUCAUUCCUUGCCUUUACAUACUUAACUUUUUACUUAUCCUCCUCAUAAAAUUUUAUUUUUUCUAUUUUGUUUUUGUUUUUUGAUUUUGUGUUAUUGUUUCUUCUCCUCAUAAAAUGGUUUGGAAUCAAAAUCCAGGCUGAGUAACCAAAGCUUCUUAACUCUCCCAAGAUGCAUCUUUCUGUGGGGACUGAGGCUCAUGAACAGAGCUCAGAAGUUGCUUCGCAUUUAAAUUCAUCCCAUGGGGUUCAGUCUGAAGGAGAGUAGAUGGUGAGCUGCUCUGAGUUUUAAAGCAAUGCCAAAAUGCCUGUCUUUUAGGUCCCAAAGCCCCUGCAGAUCCUUAGAAGCAAUGAUAGAUGUACUAUAUUAAACUUUAAAAUAACAGAACGCAUUCUAGAAAUUAACAAACUGCCUUUUGCAAAAGAUUCUGGGUACCCUAAGUGUGCAGGUUUGGCAAUAAAUCAGUGUAGGAGAUGUAAAUGAAGUCCCUGAUUUGUCACCCAAAGCUGACAUGUAGUGCCCUUGGAUAUUGCCUGGGAUCUGGGCCUCAGACAAUUUAUUGUUGGUCUUUGAGAAAAAUGUAACAAACCAUGUCCAGGCACAGUGGCUCAUGUGUGUAAUCUCAGCACUUUGGGAGGCUGAGGUGGGUGGAUCACCUGAGGUCAGGUGUUCAAGACCAGCCUGGCCAACACGGUGAAACCCCAUCUCUACUAAUGAGAGUAAAACUUCGUCUCAAAAAAAAAAUGUAACCAAUGUUAAGGUAGGAAUUUUGUGACCUAACGUAGCUAUGGCCUGUUCCCCUCUUUUGGUGUUUUCUACUUUUAAUUUAUUUUAUUGUAAGUUGACAAAUUAUAAUUAUAUAUAUUUAUAGGGUACAAAUUGAUGUCAUAAUCUAUGUAUACCAUGUGGAAUAAUUAAGUCAAGUUAAUUAACAUGUCCAUCAGGCCAGGCACAGUGGCUCACACCUGUAAUCCCAGCACUUUGGGAGGCCAAGGUGGGUGGAUCACUUGAGGUCAGGAAUUUGAGACCAGCCUGGGCAACAUAGUGAGACCUCAUCUCUACAAAAAAUAAACAAAAUGUGGCCAGGCACAGUCGCUCAUGCCUGUAAUCCCAGCACUUUGGGAGGCCAAGGCAGGAGGAUCACUUGAGGUCAGGAGUUCAAGGCCAGCCUAGUCAACAUGGUGAAACCUCAUCUCUACUGAAAAUACAAAAAAUUAGCCAGAUGUGGUGCAUGCCUGUAGUCCCUGCUACUCAGGAGGCUGAGGCAGGAGAAUUGCUUGAACCUGGCAGGCAGAGGUUGCAGUGAGUCCAGAUCACACCACUGGGUGACAAAGCAAGAGUCUGUCUCAAAAGUAAAAGUAAAAAUAAAUAAUAUAUAUUAGCUGCAUAUGGUACGUGCACCUGUAGUCCCAGCUACUCAGGAGGCUGAGGUAGGAGGAUCACCUGAUCCCAAGGGUUGAGGCUGAAGUGAGCCAUGAUUACACCAUUGCAAUCUAGCCUGGGCAACAGCCCAGGAUUACAGAUGUGUGCAAUUGCACCCUGCUGAGGUGCUCUUUCUACCACACUAUCUGCCUUAGCCACCAGAUAGAGGAGGUCCAAAGCUUACAGCCUCUGUUUCCUGUGAAGGCAGUUGGAGAAGAAAAAACGAGUUUGUCACCUCAAAUGCUUACUCAUUUUUGUGAUAAGAACAUCUGAAAUUUACUCUUACCAAUUUUGAAUGUAUAUUAUUAAGUAUCAUCACAAGAUAUAGUAGAUUCCAACAACAUAUUCUUCCUGUCUAACUAGAACCUUAUAACCUUUGACCACCAUCUCCCCAGUCCCCCCAGCCUCUGGUAACCACCGUUCUAUUCUCUACUUCUAUGAGUUCAAUUGUUUUAGAUUCCACAUUAAAGUGAGAGCAUGUAUCUACCCUUAAUUUCUCAUCAUUAAAAAAAAACUCUCUUUUGUGUUAAAAACUGAAGUAAGACAUCUAAGCUAUAUUUUAGAAAAAUGUAGAAUGGGAAAAAGGAACAAUGAAAAUAAGAGAAGAUUGAUUUUUCCAUCGGAGACCACAAUAAUGUUCCCGAACAUGCAGGAAAUUCUGUAUGAAGCUAGAGCUAAGGUAAAACUAAAGUGGUUUAUAUCACUACAGGCAGCUUCCAAUCUAAGAAGCAGUUCAGUAGUAAAGGUGUUUAUUCUCUAAGCUGUUGUUAGAGCUCAGAAUUAAUUUUUCCACAGAAGCAUUAUAAAUGAUUGAGCUCACAGAUCAGCCAUGAAAAGUCAAUGUAACUACAUUGUGAAUGUAAAGGACAGAUUCAUGGUUCUACUUCAAGUUCAAAAACCACCCUUUACAGGAUUGUUCUGAUGGGAAGACCUAUAUCAAGUUCCAACUUACAAUACCAGGCAUAUUCUAUGCCCAUUAAUCUGAUGCUCCCAUUUUAAAAUUAACAGCAAAAAUGCUCAGGCAUUCCUAACAGAAUGAGCUAGAUUUAGGUCUCCUAUCCCCAAAGUUUCCAGAAGUUAUUAUCCCUUGACACCUGCAUAGAAAACAUGUCUGGGCCUGUCCUUUUUGGGGUGUCUGAGUUAGGAGAGAAGAGUACUGCCUCCAUAGGAAACAGAGGCUGUAGAUUCCAACCCCUCUAUUUGGUGGCUCAUGUGAUAAGGCAAAUGGUGUGGUAGAAAGAGCACCUCAGCAAGGAGCAAUUGCACACAUCUAUAAUCCCAGCUACUUGGAGGCUGAGGCAAGAGGAUUCCUUGAGUCCAGGAGUUUGAGAUCAGCCUGGGCAACAUAAGGAGACUCCAUCUCAAAAAACAAAACAAAACAAAAAAAGAAAGAUCAAGAGGUUAUGAGUCAGCAAACUUGAAUUUGAAUCUUGACCACCACCUAUGUAACCCUGGAUAGGUGACAUUACAUGUCUGGGCCUUAAUUUUCAUUUAUUAAUAUUUUUAAAUGAGAAAUAAAUAAGAAAUAAAUGUCAAAUUUCUGAGAAGAGAACUUACAGCAUUCAAGAGAAUUUCAAAGGAAUCUAUCACCAUCAUUACAACCCCAAAAUUAAGAACCGCCAAACAAAAUGAGCUGCUAAAUUCUUUCAGCCCUAGCAUUUUAAGUGCCAAGUUUAGUGUUGUUGCUCAAUUAGAAACCGUCUAUUCAUGAUUUAUGCACUGAGUAUUGCAAUCGUCCAAACAGCUAGUAACAUCCUCCACACUAGUUAAGCAAUAAGCAGGAGGAUGAACAAAGGUUUUAUAUGCUUUCAACAUGAUUUCUCAUUCCCUGAAAAUCUUUUCUCUUGCUGUAAUAAAAGAUCUGUCAUCCCUAAAUCCUCAAUUUUCAGACUGAGAAUCUACAUCGAUUGAACUAAUUGUAUUAUUUUUACUUUGUGUGGGAGAUAUUUUUCUUUUUCAUAUCAUCAAUCAAUUCACCCUUCUUCAAUUUACUUGACAUAUUCCUUGUUUUUAAGUGUUCUGGAACAAAGACAGAGGUUGAAAUCUAAGGUCAAUAUCAUAACUUAAAGUGUUUCUUCUUUCAGGAAAAGGAGCGUUGAAUUGCCUAACCUGUGUGUGGAGUUACCACCUCAUGGGAGGGAUCUGCACCUCGGACUGUCUUGUUGGAAAAUACAGAGUGGGAGAGGGAAAGAAAUUUAACUGUGAAAAAUGCCACGAGAGCUGCACAGAAUGCAAGGGACCAGGGGCCAAGAACUGCACCUUGUGCCCUGCCAACCUGGUGCUGCACAUGGACAACAGCCGCUGCCUCCACUGCUGCAACGCCUCUGAUCCCACCAGUGCCCAGGAGUGCUGUGACUGCCAGGACACCAUGGAAGAAUGCAUCCUUCGAACAAGCAAGGUUGGGCCUGCAGCUGAGCACUUCAAGACAGCUCUGUUCAUCACCUCCUCCCUGAUGCUGGCCCUUCUGCUGGGGGCAGCUGUGGUUGUGUGGAGGAAGUCACGUGGCCGAGUCCAGGCAACAGAAAAGGCUGGCUAUGAAAAGCUGGCGGACCCAAACAAGUCUUACUCCUCCUAUAAGAGCAGCUAUAGAGAGAGCACCAGCUUUGAAGAGGAUCAGGUGAUUGAGUACAGGGGUCGGGACUAUGAUGAGGAUGACAAUGAUGACAUUGUCUACAUGGGCCAGGAUGGCACAGUCUACCAGAAAUUUAAGUACGGGCUGCUGGAUGAUGAUGAUGAAGAUGAGCUGGAAUAUGAUGAUGAGAGUUACUCCUACCAGUAAACAGGCACGCCGCCCCCCCGCCCACCCACCAUUAUUUCACUAAACAGGCACACCGCCCACCCACCCCCUACCCACCCACCAUUAUUCCACUCUCAGGCAUGCCUGUGAGCAUCACUGUUUUUGGUUUUAUCCACACCAGGCUGAUGUGUGAGUGUUUUUAUUUGUCUUCUUUAAUCACGAGUCCAACCAAAAUAUGUAAGAAUGAUGAAAUACUUUGUUCUUCUUUUGAAUGACUAAACUCAAUUAACAGUUCCUGUUCAACCACAAUUGAGGAGCAAGGAUAAAAUUCAGAGAUAUUUUCCUCAAAAUAAUAUGUCAAGACACAAAAAAUGCAGGAAGUGAAAAAAAUGAGAUUUGUGCAAACUCUUCUAUGUGAUUAAAAAAAAAAAAAGGACAGCAGAUCUAUAGAAAUUUUAUUUCCAAGCUGCAUUGUGGAGGCGUCUGCUGCCUCCUGCUAUUCUGAUUUUUCUUUAUCUAAUUUUCUGUAAUUAAUGGGGGUACAAAGGAGUGGUCAGUUUGCAGGUAUUUUUCUCCCCUUAAGCUGUCUUUAGGCAGAGAUUUGUUUUGUAAGGGCCAAGAAAAGAGGAUUCUUAUCAAUUGACUCCAGACCACCCCUGGUGAGGAGAAGAGAUCACCUCUGUUGGGCUGCUCAGGACCUACUUGAGUUAAGAGAAGAAAAGAGAAGUUGCAUCAUAGCUGAGGAGACAGGAGGUCACCAGGCCCUAGUUCCUCCACAGGAAUCCCGAGUCACAAGGAUUCUAAAGGCAGAGCAGGCCCAGGAGGGAGACAGGCAGGGCAAGCUCAGUGAGAAAGAAAUCACAGAGUUUCCAGGAAAUGCACCCUCAUGAUUUUCUGAGUACCAUUCCCCUGGGAGACAUCAGCUGCUAAGACAUCGAAUAAUAAAAGAAAAAUGGCAGUGUUAACCUAACAUAAAAUGGAAUAAAAUGACAAAUACUUCAUCCACUCUAAAAAAAUUUAGAGCUUUCCUUCAUCAACAACCCAUCAUAAAACCAUGGACUCUCCAUAGAAAGAGCUGGAAUAGAGUCUAACAUGGAAAACAAAAAUCCCAAUAUGCUGCUCACAAGCUGUACUCCAGCUGCCGACCAGCCUUCCAGCACUGCUUACCACUAAGAUUUUUGUUUCUAGACCUCCUAGGCUUCCCUUUUUCCACUCUUCUGUCAAGCGUGUUCUUGGAUUCAUGUACCUGAGGACAGUUUUUCUCCAGAUUGGAACACAGAGCGGGGCUCUUGCUAUGCAAAAUGAUGGUUGGCAGGGUCUUACAGAUUUUCUUUCAGACCUUACAGGCAGUACUAGAAGUGGAGCACCAGAAAGUGAAAGUGACAUUUUCAGAGAAUGAUAAUUAUAAUCUAUUGCACACCUAUGACCAGAUAACAAACUAAGUAAUUCCUCUAAAAAAACACCCCACUUCCCCACUUUGGUACUCAACAUACUCCCAUGAUGUUGGUGUUGCUAUUACUCUGUUUUCGUAGGAAACCUGAGGCUUACAAGAGAAAAGUAACCAGCCGAAAGUCAUGCAAAGCUCAUCAAGAUGCAAGAAAAAAUAAUGGCCACCCUAAAGCGUGUGUUCUUAAACUAUCUACUGACAUAAGGUGGAAAAUAAGCAUCCUAUAUAUAAUUAAAGGCAUGCCUAUGGUUUUCAUCUGUAAUAUCAAUUUUGUCUUUACUAAAUUCAUGCAUUUUCUUUUUUUAUCAUAUGUAAUCACUGACAUAGAAAAUUUUUAUGAAGAAGUCUUCAGUUUACUAAAGGCUUGUGUUUCUUUAGAAGAAAGCUCAUAAAACAGGGUUGACAGUCUCUGGAAAGAGCCAGCUAGUAAGUACAUUAGGAUUUGUUGGCCAGAAAGUCUCUGUCAUAAGCACUUAGCUCUGCUAUUGUAGUAUAAAUGCAGCUGGUACACAAUGGAUUGGUGAGCUGUACUCCAAUAAAACCUUAUUUAUGAACACAGAAAUUUAAAUUUCAGAUAAUUUUCACAUAUUAUAAAAGUUUAUUCUUUUGAUUUUUUCAACCUUUCAAAAAUUUUAAAAUGCAAAAACUAUUCUAGUUCACAGCAUUACAAGAACAGGUGGUGGGUCAGAUUUGGCCAACAGGCUGUGCUUUGCUGAUUUUACCUUUAAAACACUCUUCAGAGAUCAUGUGCAUCACGUACAUGAAUGAUACACGUCCACAAAUUGUGAUAAUUUACAAUUAUCUUCUUGGCCAGGCAUGGUAGCUCAUACCUUUAAUCCCAGCAGUUUGGGAGACUGAGGCAGGCAGGUCACCUGAGGUCAGGAGACUAGCCUGGCCAACAUGAUAAAACCCCAUCUCUACUAAAAAUACAAUUAUUAGCUAGUUGUGGUGGUGCACACCUGUAAUCCCAGCUACUCAGGAGGCUGGGGCAGGUGAAUCACUUGAGCCCAGGAGGCAGAGGUUGCAGUGAUCUGAGAUGGCACGAUGCACUCCAGCCUGGGUGACUAAGCAAGACUCUGUCUCAAAAAAUAACUAACUAACUAAAAUUAUCUCCUUGCCAGGACUGGCGGCUCAUGCCUGUAAUCCUAGCACUUUGGGAGGCUAAGGCAGGAGAAUUGCUUGAGCCCAGGAGCUCAACGUCAACCUUGGGCAACAUAGUGAGACUCCCAUGUCUAUAAAAAAUGUAAAAAUUAGCCAGGCAUGGUGACAAGUGCCUGUAGUCUAAGCUACUCACGGGACUGAGGUGGAAGGAUCACUUAAGCUUGGGAGGUCAAGGCUACAGUGAGCUGUGAUUGUGCUAUUGCACUUCAGUCUGAGUGACAGAGCUAAGACCCUGUCUCAAAAUAACAUUAUCUUUUCAAAAUAUAUUUGAAGCCCUGAUAGUUUUCUUUUCAAUUCUUAGAAACAUAAAAAUAUAUGCUCGAUAGUCAUCAUAUCAAUGGAAGUCUUUCUCAGCUCUGUAAUUGCAAUUAGCUUACAAAAACAAGCAGUUUUGUUUAUACUGUGUUCAUCUUCUUCAAUAAUUCUAAAGCUCUGAUAGACUGAGUUUCCCAUUUCUUUCUGUAGACUGGAAAUUGUUUUCUAUGAAAAAAAUCUGUGUUGAUGAUACACAGUUAAAGAGUGGAUGAGGUUGAAAUGAACUGAAGUUCAAUACUAAGAAAAAUUGUGGGCUGGGCAUGGUGGCUCAUACCUGUAAUCCCAGCACUUUGGGAGGCCAAGGCAGGUGGAUCAUGAUGUCAGGAGUUCAAGAACAGCUUGGCCAAUAUGGUGAAACCCUGUCUCUACUAAAAAUACAAAAAGUAGCUGGGUAUGGUGGCGCAUGCCUGUAGUACCAGCUACUUGAGAGGCUGAGGCAGAAGAAUUGCUUGAACCCAGGAAGCAGAGGUCGCAGUGAGUGGAUAUUGCACCACUGCACUCCAGUCUGGGUGACAGAGUGAGACUCUGCCUUAAAAAAAAAAAGAAAAAAUGUGGUGUUCCUCUGUGUGGCCUGCAAUGGAAAGAAGGCUCAUGCUUGUGUAUUGAGCUUUGAUACCUUUCCUUCUUUGUUUUUAGUCAUACAACGUUAUUCUCAGUAUUUUGAAUACUACACAAUGACUAUCUAAAUAGAUAAAUAUGUGGUUGGAAAGCAAGGCACCUUUUAGUUCUCUGCUUGCAAAUCAUUUGGAAAUAUUAAGAGAAUCCUUGUAGAUUGGAAACACACCAAGAGGCUGAAUAAAGCAUGGGAGGUUCCAGUUAAUAGAAAGUGAUUUUAAAAUUGGAAAUAAAAUUAAAUCAAGACCAGAUAAUACUAUGGAGACUUACUUAUUAAAGAACUAUUCCUGAGCGUUUUUAUGUGCUUAGCAUUACAUUUUACCAAAUGAGAUACACAAUAAGAGUGCUAUUUUUUUCUUCUUUUAAUCUACCUACACCUAAAGACCAAGCUAGCCUUAUCAAUUCUGAAUUUUCUCCCCUAAAAAUUAGCCCAACCUGUUUUUCAGCCUCAUCAGCACUGCCUCAAUCAGGCCCUCAGUGUUUCUCAUCUAGACCAUUCAUACUUCCUCCUGAAGUAUUGCUCAGCUUCAAUCUCUUUUUCUCCUGGUGUAUGCUCUACACUGCUAUUCCAAAGAUAAUUCCAAAGAUAAUUUCCAAGUUUCCUCAGAUCAUUCCAUUGCAGGCUCCCUGUCACCUACACUGAUUAUGACAUUCAAAACUUUCCCACAUAUGACCACUGGCUUUGCCUCUGGACUUAUCACCCUCAAUUUCCCGGCCUCCUUCUUAUUUCUCAGUUUCUCCAUGAUGCUCCAAUAGUACUGAGUUGCUUCUAGGUUCUCCAGGAUAAUAUCCUGCUAUCUCAUGUCCUUGGGCACAUAUUAUUUACACCCCUUGGAAUAUUCUCCCACCUUAACCAGCUGGAAAAUUCCUGACCUUCUUUGAAAAGUCACAUUUCCUUAUAACCUCCUCAUUCAGAAAAUUGAAGAUGAGAGAAUACUUUUGAACUCAUUCUCUAAGUCCAGCAUUAUUCUGAUACCACAUUCAGACAGACGUUUUAAGAAAAUGAAAAUACAGUUCUUCAUGACCUCAGAUGCAAGAAAAAUCUUAACAAAGUUUCAUAAAAUUGAUGUACUGGGAAUUCAAGUUUAGUUUACCAUAAUGAAAUUAACUGUAGCAAUUUGGCAUAAAGACAAACAUUCUGCAAAACAAUUUGGCAGUUUCUUAAAUGUUAAACAUAUACCUACCAUAUGACAUACUAUUCUUGUCUUGAUAUUUACCUAAGAGAAAUGAAAUGAUAUUUUCAUAUGACCAUCUGUGCAUAAAUGUUCACAGUAGCUUAUUUGCAAGAGAUCAAAACUGGACACAAUUCAAAUGCCCAUAUUCAAAUGAAUGAACACAGAAAUUGAGCUAUAUUCACACAGUGAGAUACUACUCAGCAAUAAAAAGGAAUUAACUAUUGAUACACAUCACACAUUAAUACAUUACAAAAUAAUUGUGCUGAAAGAAAAGCCAGACAAAGAAAAGUAAAUACUAUAUGGUUCCAUUUAUAUGACAUUUUGGAAAAUAGAAACUAACCAUGAGAGAGAUCAGAUACGUGGGAUUUGAGAAAAGCAGGGAGGUUAUGGGGGAGGGGAUUGUGAAGAGGCAAGAGAAUACUUUGUGGGGGUAUAUUGGAUAUAUCUAGUACUUUGCGGAUGGAUAUAUUCCUUAUUUUAAUUAUGAUGAUAGUUUCGUGGUUGUAUACAUAUGUAAAAAUUUUUACAGGUCCUGCACUUUAAGUAUGUGUGUUAAUUAUAUGCCAACAAAACCUCAAUAUAAGUGUUAAACAAAAAUUAACUACCAAACUACUAAAUAUGUGUAUCACUCUAGGAAAUGAAAGACAUCUCUUCAAUUGCUUUAUGUGUCUUCACUUUUUUCCCAAAGGAAAAUUUAUAUUUUGCUUCAUUACUUUGUACUCCAUAUUUCUUUUUACUGUGCUGUCAUUUAGUUUAAAAAAUAGCUUUCUGUCAGUCAUUUCUAAUCUGUUUUAAAGUAAAUAAUUGUAGUGUCCAAUUGCAGACUGAGAUAACUCACAAAUUUUCACACAGCUUGUUCUCCUGUAGAAUAUAUGUGAUUUUGAGUACUAAUAUUACACAGUGAAUUCAGAAUUGUGUGUAUGUAUGUACAUACCAUAGUCUUAUAAAUAACUUCAGAUUGCAAUAAUUAACUUGCAGUUAAUUCUUCCAGUUGCAUAAGUUUGGGCCUCUUGAAAAAUGAACUAAAACAAACUCCUUGCUUGACAAUAGGAACACACACACACGCACACACACACACACACACACACACACACAGACCAAACUGAAUAAUCUUGUUUUCUCACUUAUAAUUGUGGGCAUUUAUUUAUGGAGUUCUUUGAGCUAUAUUAGCAUAAAACCCCACCUAUAAUUAUCAUUCAUAUUAGGAUAAUGUUUCACAAAUGUGGUCAGUAUCGUCUUCCUCAAAAGUACAACUAGAUAGAAGAAAUAAGUUCUAGUGUUCUAGAGCACUACAGGGUAACCACAGUAAACAACAGUUUAUUGUAUUAUUUUUUCCCGGGAGAGAGGUUUUUGCAUGUUACUGACACAAAGAAAUGAUAAAGAUUUGAGGUGAUGGACAUGCUAAUUACCCUGAUUUGACCAUUGUACUUUGAAUAUAUCUACUGAAAUAUUCCUCUGUACCCCAUAAAUAUGUACAAUUAUUAUAUAUCAAGUAAAAUAUAUGAAUAUGUAUGCUAAGUAAGUAAAUGAAGUAAUUUUCCAUUACUUAACAUUUCGUUAAAUGUACAUUUCCAAAGUUAUAUUUGUUCCUAAGACCUUUUGAAUGAUCACAAUUUCUGCUAUUCUCCAUAAGGCUUCAGUUUGACAGGAUGAUGAAAUCUUGAAUAAAACACAAAGGAAUGUGUUUGUAUUUGUACUGCUUCCCUUGUAGAUGGAACGGCCACCAGACCGAGGCUUUCUGGGAUGCAUUCAUUCUCUGUAGUUGAAAGGGAUGAUCCUGGGUCUGAAAGAAAGAGCCACAGUGACUCCAAGAGUGGAGCCAGGGCAUGCCUGACACUGCACAACUAUGGCCAUGUGUGUCACCAUGGAGGGAGAUGUGAGAGAAACGCAGAGGGAUUGCUUGUGACUGUGCCUUCUCUAUGUAUCAUGGAUUGUUCUGCUCAAAUAGUAAAGGAGCUGGUAAACAUAGGAAACAAAGAAUAUUUCAUUUGACAUUAUAAGGAAUACAACAAUUAUGGUCAUUUGAAAGUAAAUGAUAUCUGUCGAGAAUUCCUAGCUUUAAUUGGGAACAAAUGUGCUUCUCUUCUUCAAAAGCCACAGGCUACUGGUUUUAUAUCUAUUAUCAGUCCUCUCUGGAUUUCUCAAAGGAUUUUCUGUAUAUCCUACCAUUUUCCUUCUGUUUAUUGCAGUUUGGAAGUAGUUUGUUAUCAGGAUUAUCAAAGCAUCAUUGCUAUUUAUGACAAUGACUUUAAGAGAUGCAAGAAUAUUAGGAACACUUUAGAAAAAAUAUUUUAUCCUGGAAGGCAAAUACUAAUUUCAGGAACUACUGAUCUAUUAUAAAACAGAACCACUCAGACAUUUAACUCUAAGACUUUUGCAUAUCUGUUGUUAGAGGCAUAUGUUGGGGAACAUGACUCAGCUUCUGCUCAAGUACGAGGUGUUGUCUGCAGCGAAGGAAGAAUUUGAUUGUGGUAUCAAUGGGACUAGACAGUACUCUUUGAAUAUAAUUGUGUAUCUUGGAAACUGAGUCAUCAAAGCUAUUAGAUUACAUAGCAUCACUUAAGUAUCA